UUUACUUAUCCUUUUCUACCUCCCAUUAAAUUUCUCUGUAACUGUUUCUGGUGAUUUUUUGAUUGUUAAUUCAUUCUAUGUUGUUAAAUUUGAUGGGUGUCUUGAAUAAUGAUCAAAUGAAUCCUCAGAGUUAAUGGGUCAUUUUAAUUCAGCAAUUAGAUUUCAAGGUUUUAUUUUGUGUUUGUGCUUUUGGGUUUUGAUUGAUGUUGCAGCUUAUGGUUUAAUUUUAUUUGUUGAAAACCUAGAACUAGUAGCUAAAGAUGAAGAUCUUCUUAAAGGAUGAUGAUAAUAUGGGUUCAUUUUUUGUUGAUUAUGUUGAAAAUUUGAAGUAAUAUGCAAACCCCAUUUGAGUAGUGUCUGUGUUUGAUUCUUAAAGGAUAAAUGUGUUGCUAUGUUCAUUGAUUAAUUGGUAAAGUUUUAAACUUAACAGUAUUUAGUUUUCUUGAAUAAUAAUUUGUUUGAUUAAUCUGUUGUAUUACAAUGUAUUUGAGUUCAUAUAAUAAACACUGCUAACAUGCUAAAAAUGUAAGAAAUUUCUGAGAGACUAUUGAAAUCUUUGUAGUGAUCUGAAGAUUGAAGGGUGAGGGAAAGAACCGAAGGUCUCACUGAUAACGAGUGUUGAGAUUGUUUAAAUACUCGGAAUGAAAUUCAUGAAGCCGCCUUGCGAAAAUAAAAUUUCGCAGGCGCCUACAACAGCUUCAGAAAGGCUUCCAAACAUUAGGCAUAGAACCCUUUACUGUAAUGGAUUCAUCAGAGCGUUAUUGCUAUGAACCAACUCUUCAUUGGAAUCCUCAGGUCGAAGAAUACUUCGUCAAGGCAUAUGGGGCUGAACAUUUUCGUAGUAUCUCUAAAGCCCUUACUCGGCCUUCUUGUUACUCUUGUAUACGUGUUAACAUCCUGAAGACAACGAGCGAUGCGGUCAUUGAGAAGCUGUUGGCAAUGCAACAUGGAGCAGACGGCAGAUCCAUAGACAAGGAUCUCAUACACAAGUGCCCAAUACCUGGGCUAGACUAUGUUGUCUUUGUCCGAGGCUCAGGACCUCACAAAAUUGAGUAUAACUAUGCUCCUCAACAGCCCUUUAAGGAAGUUAUUGUAAGCCGCAAAUGUGCUGAGUCUGUUCUUCGAGGUGCUCAGGUUUAUGUCCCUGGUGUUUUAGCAUGUAGCGGUCAUGUUGAAAAAGGAGAUCGUGUUGCCGUUUCUGUUGCCAUCGAGCAACCCCAGCCUGACGGUAAAUGGAGCACUGGAAUAACACGCGGGAUUGUCCUCCGAGGCUCGGAGACAGAUCCUCAAUAUAUUCAGCGAAUGGGCCUGUAUAUUGGCCAAGGAACUACAAUGCUAUCUAGGGCUGGGAUUUUCCGAGCAUUGGAAGGUGUUGCUGUUUCUAUGAGUAAUACAGUUUUUGAUCUUCCUUCUUUUAACAAUGUGCUCGAGGGCGAGAUUUUUCUCCAGAACCUUCCUAGUAUCGUCGCUGCUCAUGCCCUAGAUCCUCAGAGAGGUGAACGGGUUUUGGACAUGUGCGCGGCUCCUGGUGGUAAAACGACAGCCAUUGCUAUGCUUAUGAGAGAUGAAGGCGAGGUGGUUGCUGCAGAUCGGUCACACAACAAGGUCAUCGAUGUUCAAAAUUUGGCUGACGAGAUGGGUUUAAAGUCGAUAGUUACAUACAAGUUAGAUGCUUUGAAGUCUGUUGCUAAAAAUAUAAUCGACUCGACUGAAGAUAUUUCAACUUCCAAGUCUUCUAUUGUUGAAGAAAAGCUGAACAAUGAUAUCUCACAUGGUAAUGGACAAAUACCCAUCGACACAUGUAACAGUAAGACUAAACAAAGAACCAAAAACGGGCCAGGAAAGAACCAUUUCAAUGGUGGUAGAGUUGAAAAAUCCAAAGGAUUUGCUCCGAAUAGUUUUGAUAGAGUUCUCCUUGACGCCCCCUGUUCCGCUCUUGGAUUAAGACCUCGUUUAUUUGCUGGCGAGGAAACCUUAGAAUCUUUGAGGAAUCAUGGGAAAUACCAAAGGAGGAUGUUUGAUCAAGCAGUGCAACUAGUUCGUCCUGGAGGAGUUCUCGUAUAUUCGACAUGUACAAUAAAUCCCGGUGAAAAUGAGGCUGUCGUGCGCUAUGCUCUUGAUACAUACAAGUUUCUCUCGCUUGCACCCCAACACCCGAAAGUAGGUGGCUCGGGCCUGCUUGGUCGAUGUGACUUAUCUGAUGGGUAUGUUGAGGAAUGGUUAAGACCCGGGGAAGAGGAACUUGUGCAGAGGUUUGAUCCGUCUUCAUCCGACACAAUCGGGUUUUUUAUCGCCAAGUUCAAUGUCGGCUGUAAAGACACGAGUUAGAAUCUUUCCGCGAUUUUUCCUGGAAAGAAAAUCAAGAUACCAUGAACAGGUAGAUUACUGAAUCUUAGUGGUUUUAGUUUCUAACUUGCAAUGCUUUUGGAUAUUGAACAAUUUAGACAUAAUUCUUGUUGGGUUAUCAAUUAUCAUAUUGAUUUGUUGGUAACAGUUCAUAACGGGCAGAGUACCAAAUUAUGUUCUUUGUAGGAAAGAACUCGACUCAUAAUUUUCUUAAUGAUAAUCUCUGACAUAAUUUAAA